AUGGCUACUGCAGAGGCUGUGCCAGAAAAAGAAAAAUGUCCUACAUUAGAAAUCACCAAGAAAGAUUUUUUUGAAGAAGCAAAAACUCUCAUUGCCCAACAUUAUAAGAACAUAAGUGAGAAUAAAGUUCAAGGUACUUCUGUAAAUGUUUUUAGAAAUAAACACCAAAACCCCAAAUCUGGCAAGUACAUACCUUUGGAGAUUAAAAAAAAGGAAAUACUUGAUGUGGUCCAAGAACAUCGGGCAGUGCUCAAAAGUAUUAAUUAUCCCAAGGAACUUUCUAAAGGUUGGCAUGUUAAGGAGCCUUCACAACAAACUCCUUUCAAGGAGCCACACCUUUUUAAUAUAAAAGAAAAAUGUGACCCUAUGGAGCAAAUUAUAAAAGAACAAGUUAAAUUGGGUAAAAUCAUGACUAAUAUUGAAUCAGUGAGUAAAAAUAUGGAGAAAGAAAAGCAUCUGUACCCUGGGAAGUCCAGCUCGGGCGGCGGGAGGAGCGGCAGCGGCCAGGCAGCGCAGCUUCGUGAAGGCUCUCGGCGCGCCGCGGCCCUCAGGCACCCGGCACGCGCCCUGCCCGCCGCCAAGAUGCCGAAGAGGAAGGUCAGCUCUGCCGAAGGAGCGGGGAAGGAAGAGCCCAAGAGGAGGUCGGCGCGGUUGUCAGCUAAACCUGCUUCUGCGAAAGUGGAAACGAAGCCAAAAAAGGCAGCAGCAAGGGAUAAAUCUUCAGACAAAAAAAAUUGUUUCCUAAAGAAAACCACUCCCAUGAUCAUGGCUCUCCGUGUCAGAACUGUGUACACCCCAGAAAUUGUGGCAGCGAGGCCUUCCCGAUUGAUUUGUGACUCCAGUGGGGUUAGUUUCUCUGUAUCAAACGUAUUUCGGGAUUAUUGUGCUGCUACAGAAAUCACCUUUUGGUAUUUCAUUACCACUCGUUCUCCAGGCUUCUUAGCUGCUGGCAUGAACAAGCUAUUGUUAAGAUGGCAAAGGAAAAAAUCUGUUUCAGGUAAAGUUGAUAAGCUUGACAAUAAAGUUAAAAGAAUUGGACCACACAUAGAAAUCUUCCAGGUGUUUCGAGAAAGAAACAAAUUCAUAAUCACCAAAAAUUUUGUUAGAAUGAUCACUAUCAUGCAGGCGCAUGUCAGGGGAUGGCUUGAACGCAGAAGAUUCCAAAGAAUAUCGAACAAGGCUUUGUAUCAUGGAAAUACUUUGACAGCAGUUAUAAACAUGUAUCGCCGAGUAAUCUACCGGGUUAGACAUCGACUUGGACUUUGGAGAACAAGACAAAUUAUAAAUUUGUUAGAGCUAGAAGAAUGGAUGGACAGGAAAAAAUUCUAUGAAACAAUGUUUACCAAGAGAGAAUAUUGGCAAGGAAUAGACAGAAGUGAGCUCAUUAAGUUCUUCAAUGACUGUGGUCAUUUCCCAACCCAGAAACAAAUUGAUGAUAUCUGGGACCUGGUCCAUCAAAGUGACCACGAAAAACAUUCUGAACUAACCAAAAAGUCCAAAGCAAUUGAAAUGAUAUUUACACUCUAUCCUCCUCAAGGGGCCCAGGUGCGUAAUAAUGCACAACUGAAGUCAACUUGGCUGAGACCUAUAAUAAAUGGGGAAGAAGGAUAUAGAUAUAUAGUGAAUGGACAUCCAAUACUCAAAAGAGCUAACAUCCGGGUUGUUGGCAAGUUGGUGGCCAGAUCCAUAAGAGAAAGGAAAAUGAAACAAUUCUAUGAAUCAUGA